GACCCCGGCCAUGCUGGCCCGGCUGUGCUGCUGCCUGCUCCUGGCGGCCCGUCUCUCGGACACCUGGAAUGUCCCGGAGUCCGCGGGGCCCGGCUCCGACGUGGCAGAGCAGAUCCGCGACAUGUACGCCAAAGUGCUGGAGAUCUGGCAGGAGGUCGCGCAGCGGCGGCCGGCGGCCGGCGGGCCAGACGCGGCGCUCCACGCCAUCUGCCGGGUGCAGCCGUCCGCCUCGCUGGACGCCGCGCAGCCGCGGGUGAGCGGCCUGGUCCUCUUCCGGCAGCCGGCGCCGGGCGCCAAGCUCGAGGCCUUCUUCGACCUGGAGGGCUUCCCGGCCGAGCCCAACAGCUCCAUCCGCGCCAUCCACGUGCACCAGUUCGGGGACCUGAGCCAGGGCUGCGAGUCCACCGGGCCGCACUACAACCCGCUCGGGGCGCCGCACCCGCGGCACCCGGGCGACUUCGGCAACUUCGCCGUGCGCGACGGCCGCCUCUGGAAGUACCGCGCCGGCCUGGCCGCCUCGCUCGCCGGCCCGCACUCCAUCAUGGGUCGCGCCGUGGUGGUCCACGCGGGCGAGGACGACCUGGGCCGCGGCGGCAACCAGGCCAGCGUGGAGAACGGCAACGCCGGCCGCCGGCUUGCCUGCUGCGUGGUGGGCGCCAGCGGCCCCGCGCCCUGGGCGCGCCUGGCGCAGGAGCACGCGGAGCGCAGGAAGCGGAGGCGCGAAAGCGAGUGCAAGGCCGACUGAGCGC